AUGGAAGAAGACGAUGUUGACGCUAUUAUCGAGGAAAACGGUGUUGACUAUGAAAGCGAUUCCGAGCUUUCCUCAAACCUCCGUGACUUUGUCGCCGCUGCUCAGUCCGGUGACGUCGUCGCCUUGCGCACCGCCAUUGACAAUCUGAAUGGGAGAGUUGAUGAGACACUUGAGGAUAAUGACUCGGCACUUCACCUUGCGUGUCUCUAUGGUCACCUUCCUUGUGUUCAGCUUCUCCUGGAGAGAGGUGCUAAUAUGGAGAUCAAAGAUGAAGAUGAAGCCAUUCGUCUGCAUGAUGCUUGUGCUGGAGAAGGAUACUUAGAGAUAGUCGAGCUUCUAUUUAGCCGAGCUAGUGGUCCUGAAUAUGUGAAGAGAAUGAUUGAAACUAUUGAUGUAGAAGGUGACACUGUGCUUCACCAACAAUCAAAAACUCGUAUGGGAAGACACCAAGUGAACUAG